AUGGCGAAAAGCAGCGAAUCGCCCCCAGGCACCCAUAUUCCCUACUGGCGACUGGUCGUCGAGCAAGGCAUCGUAACGCAGGAAAUCAUUGACUAUUCGUACCCCGGCUCUGGCACUGAGGAAGACCCAUAUGUGGUAACAUGGAUCCCGGAUGACCCUCGCGAUCCCAUGCGCUUCAGUCCAGGGAAGAAAUGGUCCAUUACGAUUGUAAUGGCCUUGGCGACAUUGGCAGUCUCACUUGAUUCUUCGGCAUAUUCGGGUGGCAUCACACAGAUCAUCGAAGAAUUUCACAUCAGCACCGAGAUUGCAACGCUGGGGGUUUCACUGUUUGUUGUGAGCUUCGCGAUAGGGCCUCUUUUAUGGGCGCCGCUCAGUGAAAUGUUCGGCCGGCAGAUCCUCUUCAUCACCACAUACUGCGCGUUGACCGCAUUCAAUUGUGCUGCCGCCGGUGCUCAGAAUAGCUGGACACUUCUAGUCUUGAGAUUCUUCGCCGGCGCAUUUGGAUCAUCACCGCUAACCAACGCAGGAGGGGUGAUUGCAGACAUGUUCCCAACAAAGGAGCGAGCGAUCGCCAUGAGUAUAUUUGCGGCUGCACCAUUUUUGGGUCCCGUCAUCGGUCCUAUUGCUGGUGGGUUCUUGGGUUUGAAAGCCGGCUGGCGCUGGGUCAUGGGCCUCCUCGGGGCCUUUUCCGGGCUUGUCUGGAUUGUAGGCGCUCUGCUGAUCCCAGAAACCUACGCCCCCGUGCUUUUAUGCCAUCGUGCGGCCAAACUGUCCACCAUGACUGGAAGGACCCAUCGCACCCAAGCCGAUAUUGACCAGAAAGCAGUCAGCCUCAAAACCUCAUUCAAAGUUGCAUUAUCUCGCCCGUGGGUUCUCCUGUUUCGGGAACCUAUUGUCUUCCUAUUAUCAGUCUACAUGGCCAUCCUUUACGGAACACUUUUUAUGCUCUUCGCUGCGUAUCCAAUUGUGUUCCAGCAGGGCCGAGGGUGGAAUCAAGGCGUAGGCGCCCUCCCAUUUCUUGCCAUUGUGGUGGGCAUGUUGCUGGCAGUCGCCUACACCAUUAUUGACAACAACAUCCGUUACAUCAAGACCGAGUCUCGACAUGGGGGCGCCCCAUCCCCCGAGUCCCGGCUACCACCCUGCAUCCUCGCAUCAAUCACAAUCCCAAUUGGUCUUGUCUGGUUCGCAUGGACAAACUCUCCAUCCAUUCACUUUAUGGCUUGCACUGCAGCCGGUGCCCCCUUUGGCUUCGGUCUGGUGCUUAUCGUCCUCGGGAUCCUGAACUACCUGAUCGACGCAUAUACAUUCUAUGCUGCAUCAGUGCUGGCGGCGAAUUCAGUGCUGCGCUCUCUGUUCGGCGCAGCGUUUCCUUUGUUUACCUCGUACACGUAUGAGGCGUUGGGAAUCCACUGGGCGUCUUCCAUCCCGGCGUUCUUGGCUCUGGCGUGUGCUCCGUUUCCGUUUCUGUUUUACAAGUAUGGCGCGGCGGUUAGGGCGCGCUGUAAGUACGCCGCUGAAUCGGAGGCGUUUAUAAGGAGGCUAUAUGCGCAGGUGCAGCGACAAUCACAAUCGCAAGAAACACCGGGUGGGGACACGGUACCCGAUGACGCUGAUAUCAAAGCCAAAGCAUAA